AAAAUGAGGACUAUGAAACCAAAACUGAUGAACUAACUCGUAAAAAAGGUGAACUAGAAGCGGAAAUCACCAAAAAAUCCGAGUUAGAAAAGAAACAUAAAAACAAAGCCAAAUUACUGGAUGAAGAACAAUGCGAAAAUAAUAAGUUGGUUGAAAAGAUAACCAGUUUAGAAGCAAAGGAAAAAGAAUUAAACCGAACUAACUUGGAAGAAAGCCAAACUGUGAAUGAACUCUCUACUAAACUCCGAAACUGA